GCCCACCGCUACGUAGCAAGCCUCAAGUGGCGAGCCAAUGAGAGGCACUUCGCUAAUGUAUGUAGAGGGGCUGAAUAAGCGAAAGACAAGCGGUCAAAGGGGAGAGAGUAGAGGACCACUUUGGACCCACAAGGAUUGUUGUUUUCCCCGUGCACUGUUUGUUUGCUCUCCCGUGCGCACAAGGACUGCUUAAGGGCACUCGGGACUUCGCUCGGCUUGUUGGUGGAGAUCCGCUAGGGAACGCAUCGGGGGAUCGCUGAGCUCAGAAUCACUGCCAUGGAGUGAGGCGCUGCAGAAACUCUCCUACGCUUAUGGACAAGUUUUCUUUUGCUGUGAGCUUUACUUUGAGCUGCUGUUUUAGUUCCCAUCCCAAUCAUGUACGGAUAACGGACAGUUCGCUCAAGAAUCCGGCUCAAAUGGAUCAGCACUGACGGGUGUAUGGAGCCCGGAUUACGCAGUGCCAGCCUGUUGAACGCCUACACACGGGCCUAUCACACACCAUCUGCCUCGGAAUAAUAACAUUAUAUAAUAUUCUCCAGCGAAGACACUAUCCAUGGAAGUGGUGUAGAAGUUUUACACAUGACACUGCUGUGAGUUUUAUCCUUUUUUUUUUUCUUUGCAGCCAAAAUAAUGGCAAACUGGUACAAUGGUGCACUGGUACAGAGCGUCUGUAGAACUGUUCGGCCUUUUGGCUACUUGAUUUUGCUUUUUGGCUAUUUAUCCUUGGCUUCGCCGUCCCAUGGUCGGCGAUUGAUAUGCUGGCAAGCCAUCAUGAACUGCCAAAGCGAGGCCGAAUGCAACUAUGCAUUUGAACACUACAAUCACGCGUGUCACCCAGUGUUGAGUGGGGAGACGAAGAAGUGUCCCAGCCACUGCAUUGCCUCGCUUAUCCAGCUCAACUUGACUAAAAACGGGCCGGCUCUGGAGGACUGCAGCUGCGGCCGCGAUUCGAUAUGCGCAAACGCCAAACGGGCCAUAGAGCCCUGCUUGCCAAGGACUACCAGCACAGGUUGCACGGAAGCCCGGCAAAAGUGCGAGAGAGACCCUCAGUGCAGCUCCGCAAUGCACGAUUAUUUGAACCACUGCGGGAAACUUUUCAGCGGGGCAGUCUGCACAAACGCCUGCCUUAAUGUGAUCGCGAACAUGCGUAAAAUACCGAAGGGUCAGCUGCUGGAAACUUGUGUGUGUGAUGGCACAGAAAGGGCCAUCUGUGAGUUUGUCAAGAACAGCAUGAAUUUGCUGUGCUUCGACAGGUCUGCCAGGUAUGAGGCCAGUGGCUCCGACGAAGAUGACGAAGACGACUAUGUGUACGAGGACGAGCCAGAGAGCGGAGCGUUUCUCCCAGCGGCCCAGUAUGUUUUGAUCCUGCUGGCAUCCAUGUUGGCUCUGUUACCCCUCUUUUAAUCCCUGGUUUCAUAAACUGCCCCGUCUAUUGUCCGGAUAAAAGGAAAUCUAAACUUUAGUCGCCCCUUGACCUGCUUCUAUUGUGAAAGUGUAGAGUCUCAAAGAUUAAAGGGGACUGCUUUGGGCGCAAGCAAACCUUCUUUGAAAUGAGUUUUAGACUCUGAAGGAUAACAAAUCGGGAUAUUUCUAUGCAAAUGAGACCAGAAAGAUAUCUGAACAGUCCUCUGAUCAAACCACACCACUUACGACUCUGCAGAUGCGGUGUGUUUGCGUGAUAAGCUAAAUAGAACUGUCUGCUUUCUCUGUCGGACUCUGAUAGUAAAGUUGUCACAAAAGAGGAAAGAGUUGGCUUGUUUUGGUAACAGUAUAAUGGUAUCAGUAUAAUCAGUAUAUGCUUUGCACUGCCAUUUAAAAAAGUAUGAACUUUUUUUUUAGGACAGGCCAUUGCCCUUUGGCAUCAGGCUGAUUCAUGUGAUUUGUAUUUAAUGUUGGAAUCUAUUGUAAAUAGAUUAGGUGUUAAAGUGAAACUGUAGCCUAAUUUAUUACAUGCCACCUAGUUACAUCCAAAUCACCACCAUGUGAAUAAAGACAGAGAAUUCCAGCUUUAAAGGGAAGUUGUUUUUUUUUUUUGACUGAAAAUAGUGUACAUUGUAUAUAUGUGUAUAGCCUAUAUAGAUUUUUUUUUCAGAGAAUCUUCUAUGGUUUAGGUUAUGAGAUGAUUUAUUCACUGUUUAUAGCCCAGAGAAAGAAAUGUCUAAAUCCACUGUAUGACUGCCUUAAUAAUAUACCUUUAUAGAAAGGCAUAAAGGAAACUUGAAGAUAUCAUUCUUGACUGUGAGUUAUUUGUUAAUUUUGCAACAUUACUUCCUAUACAGUACUGUGCCUUAAACGUUGAUAAAAAAGUGACAUAGUUUUUAAUGAGUCAGACAACCUUUAUAACACAAUCCUUUGGUCAGUUUGAGCUUGACCAGUAACAGUGUUACUUUGCUAUAUGACCCAAAAUCCAUUAAAAAAAGAGAAAAGCA